AUGUUGCACAUCAAAUCUAAAACUUGUGAUUCUCCGCCCUCUCUGAUUGCCUGUGGAGACAAGCCUCAACCGCCAGCAGCUCAAAACUUAUCACCUGCAGUUGCUCAACCUCACAACAAGUCAACACACUCUGGUACUCCUUCAACAUCUACCUUAGAUGGAAACAACAAGAGAGUUGAGAUAAAUAACAGCGAGACAGCUCCAACAUGUGCUAUUCAAGGAACACCCCAAUCUACACCAGCCCUUCAUCCCAUCUUGGCUCCUGGAGAGCUACAGUAUAAUGAAGCAGUUAAGGAGGGCUUAUGUGUUAGUUUUAGAAUGCUGGAUGAAAAUCAACAUGGCUUCCGAAGGGAGAGAUCUGUUGUCAGUGCAGCUGUAUCUUUUGUUGAAACCGUGAUCAACUCAGUUGACCACGUGAUUCCUUCCUCCGCCAUUGUCAACAGCGAUGAUCCUGCAAGACAACGGAGAUCCAUCAAAACUAUCGGAACAAUUGCCCUGGCGUCUAAAAUCCCUCACCUUAAAAAAAUCCCCGCUCUUGCAAAAGCCCACAUAGCGAAACUCCCGGUGAUUGGUGGGUUUUUUGGGCUUAACGCUCUCCCUGAAGUACCCCAUAUUGGCACCUACCCUCUUUGGAAAGUACAUAGGUACCAUGGAAUCUCUCUGCAGCCUGUGCCUUAUCCUGGUGAAAGAAUACCAUCUACUCUUCCAACUGGUCCAUAUCAAUCAGGGGAAGCUCCUUCCAUUGUGAAUGUUCCGGACCCUAACUACAUUCCGAGAGAUGCUCCAUCUCCUCCAGCAAAUGAGUAUGGUGUUCCAGCCAGUGGACCAUACUCCAGGGAUCCCAGAGGGCCUGUGUACGUGGCAAACUCAGCGGCAUCUACUUCUGCCGGAUCCUCUUCUUAUGCUGGAUCUGCUUCUUUCACCGGAUCUUCUUCUUUUGCACCUUCUGCAGGCUCUUCUGCAUCAGCUGGAUCAUUUUCUUCAACUGGAUCUGCUUCCACUGGAACUUCGGAUGGAUCUUCCGCUGCUGCUGGUGCCUCAGCUGCUUCAUUUGCUUCCGCAUCUGCGAAUUCCGUUGCAGACAUCGAUUUAUCCACCCUGCAAACUCUGCUUCCACCCGACAUGUUUGCAAAAGUACAACAAUACGCGGCAACUCCCGGUGGUCUAGAGAAGGUCACUGCUCUUCUGGGAUUAGCCAACAAUGCAAGAAAACUGAAAUACAACGCAAGGCACUCCAUCCAAGGAAUGUUCCAGACCCUGUUUGGGGGUGCUGGUGGAUCAACUAAUGUAGCUUUGAACAGUGGAACUUGGACAAACGUUCCCGAUGUCUAUCCCACCCCUCAGGGAGUCUUCAACAACUUUAGAGCAGUAGGAACUGGAAUUUCUGGAAGUUUGUUGCCAAAUCUUCCAAAAUUACCACACCUUCCGAAGAUUCCUGGUGUUGGCCAUCUUCCACCGACUCCACAACUUCCCCACAUCAAUCUGCCAGAUAUCAGCUCCAACGGAUUAGGUGGAAGCUACGUCAGUAUUCAGAUUCCUCAAGCACCACGAGCCCCUCAUCCAGAGACACCUUACAAUGCACCUUCCCCAACAUACGGUCCACCAACACCAGUUUAUGGACCACCUGCACAUACAUAUGGACCUCCUGCUCCAGAAUACGGUCCGCCAGCUCCACAGUACAGUCCACCUGCUCCAGAAUAUGGACCUCCUGCUCCACAAUACAGUCCACCUGCUCCAGAAUAUGGGCCACCUGCUCCGCAAUACAGCCCACCUGCUCAGCAAUACAGCGUGCCUGAAAUCCCUUCCACGUCAUACGGAACUCCAGCAGGUCCAAUCUACCCUUACUCCCAAUCUUCUGCUAGUGCAUCUUCCUUCUUCAAAUCCCCACAAUCUACCUACGCUACCCCAGACGCUUCCUUUGCCGCUUCUGAGAAUGACGAACACUACGAGGGUCGUCACGGAGAGGCUGAACAGAAAGCGGAAGCUAACGAAGAGCAACCGGAAGUUCCUCUGAAGACUACGAAGCUGCAAAGGGUCCAGGACUCCAGGCCACUUCGCGGUGGAGCACUGAGGGCCUACUUGGACUCUCAGAGAGGAUUCAGGCCAUCCCAGAAGGAGCAGGAAGCACAAGCAGAUAAUGAAAUCGAUGAGAAUGGUGAGGAAUAG